UCUCUGUUUUCCAAUGAGGCUUCACUCCAUUUCCCUUAGUUUAGUUUUUCUGUUGCUGUGUUUGCUCACCUUCUGCAAUGCAGCUUUUGAGAUUUCUGGAUCUGCACAAUGCGCUGAUUGCAAACUAAACAACUUCAAAACUGCCCACGCCUUUUCAGGUCUUCAUGUAACAAUCGAUUGUGAGGUCGAGAAAGAGAUCAAGAGAGCCGGCAAGGGCGAGGUAGACGCCGACGGCAAAUUCACAAUCUCACUCCCCGAGGAAAUGAUCGCCGACGUCAAGAACAAACACUGCUACGCCCAGCUCCACAGCGCCGCCGCCGCCCCGUGCCCCGCCUACGGCGGCUUGGAGGCCACCCAAAUCGUAUUCAAAUCCCAAACCGACGGGAAAGUCACAUUUACCCCCAAAGAAGCCCUCACAUUCUCCACCGCCUUGUGCACCUCCAAAUUAUUGUGGCCAUUUUUUGAAUACCCACCUCUACCUAAAACCUUCCCAUGGAAAAAACAUAGGCCCACAAUUACUAUUCCACCCCUCAAAAAGCACCACUGGAAAAAAGUCUGGCCCAAAAUUACCAUUCCGCCCCCAAUCGAUAAGACCCUUCCCCCACCUGUUCCGAUUUACAAGCCCAAGCCCAAACCGCAUCCACCAUCUGUCCCAAUUUACAAGCCCAAGCCCAAGCCCAAGCCCAAAGCAUCGAUUGGUAAGCCGCCUGUUCCAGUUUACAAGCCCAAGCCCAAGCCCAAGCCGCAGAUUGUUAAGCCGCAUCCGCCAUCUGUCCCCGUUUACAAGCCCAAAACACCGAUUCUUAAGCCGCCUGUUCCAGUUUACAAGCCGCCUACGAAGCCGAUCCCACAUCCGUUUCACAAGCCUAUCUACAAGCCGCCGGUGGUGAAGCCGCUUCCACCGAAGAUUCCGAUUUAUGAGCCGCCGGUGGUGACUAAGCCGCUGCCACCCCCAUUUCCACUAUUUCCACUCCCACCGCUCUAUAAAAAGCCUUGCCCUCCAUUCGCUAAGUUUCCUCCAAAGAGCUAUGACUAGAGAUGCCCACGGUUCGAAAACCGGCGGUUCCGGUUCGGAACCGCCGGUUCCGGUUUUG